UGCCCGGUGUAGAUGACCUGACAGAGUGUCAAUGUCAUCUCCCUGAUCUGACUGGCGACGACAUCCUACUUACGAGCCACAUGAGGGAGUGCCAGUCUUGUCAGCGCGUGGUCACACCCUACCUCUUCCACAUCAAAACGUGCCACAAAAUCAACUGUGAGCGCUGCGCCCACGUGCGACGGUUGUACUGUGGACACGUGUUUACGUGUGACAAGGAGGAGUGUGACGUCACAGGGUGUGUGGAGACGAGAGAGGACAUCCGGGGCAGCCAGCUGAGUCCUGAGGACCUCCAGAACGACAAACAGUUUAAGGACAAGAUCUCAGCCCGUCUAAGAAAGAGCACAAGCCCUACUGAGUGUGGAGGGAUCUUCCGUGCAUUCCAGCAGGCCGAAUACUGGGCAGUUGCAGUGGGACCGGUUAACCUCCAUCGGCACCAGGUCAACAACAGGCUGCUACAGAUGUGCUGUCGCAUCCUACCCCACACAGUAUCGCUCGCUGAGCAAGCGUUCAUCGCCUGCCUCAGUCAUAGCGAGUACUGGUCUAGUUGUGGCCACAGGAAGAGAUGUAUUGUUUGUAACAUCUGUCUAACGUCUCUGCGAUCCUGUGGUUCGUGCAAACUGCCAAGUUGUGAAAUUUGUACCAUAGCUGCAAUGGCAUGUGCUCGGCACAGUCUCAAUUGUACAAAUGAACGUUGUAGAAUACUAUUUUGUCGUUAUUACAAACAUUGUGUUAGGGUAGGGGACACGAUGUAUCCUUCGCCUACUGUGUUGGCAUUACUCAGGGAUAGUAUUCUCAUGUUCAAUCGUACACCCAUUGCUGCAAGCCUGUUGUAAAUAAUAUGCAAAUAUGGAUAACGUUUAAGCUAAAUUUAUCAUACUUUAAGUUUUAAAGAUUAAGAUAUAGAAUCUUUUUGCAAUAAAAGUGUGAAACUGUC